AUGUUCUGGGUCCAUACCUCACUAGGAGAGUCAGACCGUUUCCGGAAAUUUUGGGUCCCUAUCCCUGGCAAUCCCAAUUUUGAUAAUACCAAACUAUUCGAUCGUCUUUUCGAGUGCUUGGGUAGCUAUGCAGAUGACAGAAACUUCAAUAUUACUGAGCAGCUCCUGAACGUGGUUGAAGGCGCGAUAAUGCAGAACAACGACGCCAUGGCGUACGAGAACCGCUUGGAAAAAAUGGAGUUAAGACCUAAGGAUGCCCUGGCGAUUUUGCGCUCAGCCAUCGCUUCAUUUGACUAUAUGAAUAUUAACACCGGCCCAAAUGUUCAUGGGAAAAUGACGAAUAUCUUGAAUGGCAUGUGGAAUCAGUUGUUCACAGCCCAAACCAUGUGGAAGCUCGUGUACCCAGAUGUCCAAGCCAAUAUCGCAGAUUUCUUCGUGGAGUGGCUCACUGACUGGUACGAAAUAGCCGUUGUUCGCGCCAAAGACUUUUUGCUAGCGACCAUAGCUGAGACGAGAAAUAUUUGGGAGCACACGGAUGACCCUUAUGCAAAUCAGAUUGGGACUAUAGAACUCGGAGGACUCAGUGGCAAAGGAAACGAUUUGGCGAUGUUUCUUCUUCUUGGGCCUUUUUUCAUAGCUUCGAGUUGA